AUGGGUGACUACGAUUUCUACUCUUAUAAUUCCAACAAAGGUGCGGCAGUUGCGUUUGUCGUGCUCUUCGCGCUCUUAUCAUUUGCGCUCAUCGCAGCCGUCAUCGUGUAUUCCCGCCGAAGUAAAGCUGUAUGCGAUGUGUGGGACAGUAGCUCGCGUGGCAACUAUGAACAGGUCAGGAAAUACCCUAUCGGGAAGCUUGUGGGUGCAUACAUUCCGCUACUUGUCGGUGGGUUAGUAGAAUUGGCUGGAUACAUAGGCAGGGCUGCGUCCGCUUGGAACCAGGAUAAGAUGGGCCCAUACAUUGUACAAACGGUGCUGUUGCUCAUUGCACCCACGCUUUACGCGGCGACCAUUUACAUGUUGUUUGGACGGCUUGCUCAUCUGCUGUUUGCAGAAAAGAUCAUGAUUAUGCCCGCCCGUUGGAACACUCUGAUUUUUGUCCUUGGUGAUGUUGCCAGUUUGCUGAUGCAGGCUGCAGGUGGUGGUAUGAUGGCCGGGGAAGACUCGCGCAAGGCUGGGUCGGAUAUCGUCACAGUUGGUCUGUUUGUGCAGAUUGCGUUCUUCGGGCUUUUUAUCAUAAACGAAUUCAUCUUUUACUUCAAAGUGUACAAGAUCGAAAGUGAUAUCCCAAGGAGAACCAAUACUUGGAGAGCUUUGAACUUGACUUUGCUCGUAAACAGUUUCCUGAUUCUGAUCAGGUCGAUAGUCAGAGCAAUCGAGUUUAUCGAGGGGUAUUCUGGAUACAUUGAGGGCCACGAGUGGUUCCUAUACGUGUUUGACGCGUUACAAAUGUUCCUUCUGCUCGUGUCGUUCUUAAUCACCAUGCCACUCAAUAAUAUAUUCAAGAUACAAGAGGAAUCUGUCGUUGCACAAUUGCAUCUGGCGAACACCCGCGCUGGCGUAGUCGUCAAGGAGGAGGACAGUGAUGAUAUUUUCGAUGAUGGGAACGAGUUGAAACCAGAAGUAUAA